CCUCCGCAGUGCACUGCUGGAUAGCGCUCAGUACAGUCAGUCUGCGCGGGGACGCUGUACGCACGCACCAGUGACCUGCCAAAGCGACGCAACUCACUCUCAAAAGGUCUCGAACGCUACACGGCAGCGAAGAGCAUGUGGAAUUCACUGCGGACUCAUUGAUAAAGAAUUGCCACUGGAAUUAAAAUGAACAAUUCGUCCUGUAUGUUCCUUUGCAGUAUCCACUUAGUAUAGUCUAUUUGUUUUAUGACACUGUAGGAAACCGAAGCAUGAUGGGUACCUUAUCAUUGGUGAUGUUGUUUGGAGUGGUUGGGGUAUUGCUGGCUUCUAAGACGGAGCGGGCGGUGCAGGUUCCCUGUGAGUCAGGCCAGUAUACCAAGAGUGGAGCGUGCUGUGAGGAGUGCCCACCUGGAGAGGGGGUGGUGAGGAAGUGUGGUGCCAACCAGACCGUCUGCGCCCAGUGCCUGGACAGUGAGACCUACUCAGAGAACUACAGCCACACAGAGACCUGUAUCCCCUGCACCAUGUGUACAGGUCUGAUGCGCAUGCAGACGCCCUGCACUGACUCCAACGAUGCCAUCUGCGUGUGUGACUACAACUACUACCUGAGUGAAAUGUCUGGGCUCUGUGAGCCCUGCACGGUGUGCCCGGCGGGCCAGGGCGUGUUGGCACACUGCGGGCACAACCACGACACGGUGUGUGAGGAGUGUAUAGACGACACCUACUCCGACCGGGACAGCUACCUGGACCCCUGCCUGCCCUGCACCAUAUGUGAUGAGGGCAUCGAGGUGGAGCUGAGCGCCUGCACCCCCGUCAGCGACUCCCUCUGCCACAAUCCUCUCCUCCCAUCCUACACGUCUCCCACCUCUCCCCUGGACCUGUCUUCCCCCUCCUUCACAGACAGCCUCCCACCAGACAGCUCCAGCAGCCCCUACCCGGGG